AUGUCGGCGGCGGCAGCAGCAGUCGCCGAGGCACCACAGCAGGCGGGUGCACUUGUCCCGGACCGGCAAGGCUACCGCUCCUUCCAGCUGGAGGGCGCCGAGUUCCUGAUAGCGCAGACACCUGAGGGCAAGCUGGACCUGCGGGACGCUUACGUGGCGCCAGACGUCGAGGGCGACGACGACGACGGCGCCGAGCCCAGCUACCGCAGAGUGGAGGGCGCUGAGGGGAUUGGCGGGCAGCCGCAGGCAUACCACGAGGUGCCCUGGUACAGCGAGUACCCCGGGGAUGCCAUCGCGGAGAAGCCCGGCAGAGUGUGGGUGUGGCGUGUCUAUCUGGUGCCCGUGGUGGCAGACGACCCUGAGGGCGAGCUGGAGCUCAGCUUUGACAACAUUUACGUGCUGGACGGCAAGGCCGCCAGCCUGCAGCUGUGCGAGGUGCACCGCCUCGCGCCGCCAGACACGCCGCCCCGCGACCUGCGCCUGCGCAUCAGGGACGAUGUGGUGACUGUGGACACGGUGCAGAGCAUGCCAGACUGGGAGCACGCGGUGCAGGCGCGCAUCAACGGCAUCCCCGCGCUCAGCGUGCUGGAGCAGGAGCGCCUGCGCGCAUACCUUGCGGCGCUGGAGGAGGCGCGCAAGAUGGGGACCAUCGACGAGACCGAGUUUGAGACGGCAUACGAUGUGCACUGGCUGGCAGGGUUGCAGGCAGGCGGCGAGGGGGUGCAGGCGCUGGGCGGCAACUGGGACUCAAGCCAGGAGCUGAGGCAGGAUGACGACUCGUUUGGGCCCAACGACCCGCAGGAGGAUGUCAUGGGCGGAUGGGCCCCGGAGAUGUUUGAGGACCUCAUGCCGCAGUAUGACGAUGAGUCGGAUGAGGGGGACUUUGAGGAGUUCGACAGCCCCGCCGCAGACUACUGA